AUGGGCCGAGCAUUCAACGUACGCUUUGUGGGAGCGAACUCUUCUCCCACAUCUGCAAAAGAGACUGAGUGGAAGCAACCACGCGCUCUGGAUCAUCCAAACCGGAGGCGUAAAAGCCGUUUUGCAUGUCUCAACUGCAAAGAACUACAUCUAAAAUGCGAUGAAACAUUUCCUGUCUGCUUCCGCUGUAAACAGCGAGGGGUCAACUGUCGCUCUACAUUUCGCUCUAGUCAGUGGCAGAUCGAGGUCCUUGGCUUGACAAUCGGAAGCGAGCUAUCAAAUAUACCAUCCCCCGUCAAGAACCACUUACUACGAUACUGGCUUGAAAAAGUCAGCCAAAUCAUGGUGAUCGACCCAGAAGUCAACCCUUUCUCUUUCGAAAUUCUCAAAUACCUCCGAACCUCCCGGUCGCUUAUCUACACGAUCCAGAGCCUGAGCCUAGCUCAUCAAGGCUUUUUCAGCUCUGCCUCUUGUGAGGGGGUUCUGCAAGAGAGGGCCCAUGCGCUGUCCCUCAUACAAACCGAACUCCAGCAAGAGGCUCCAUCGUACGGAUCGCUUCUCGCUGUUAUACUUCUGGGACUAUGCUCUGCUUGGUUGGACAAUCAAAGAGACCUGGAAUUUGGGAAGGACCAUCUACUGGGCACAAGGGCUAUAGUCGAUAUUUUACUGGCAAAGCCUGGAGCAGAAAAGGACCCCUUUCUGCAACAAACUGUGGCGAUUUACCUUGGCUGGGAGCAAGCAGUUGCCUUCUUCCUAAACGCAAACGAUCAAAUUGUUCCAUAUAGUGAAGGGUUUUCGCGAUGCGUGCAGGAGAUGCGAAGUCAAUAUAACGCGACUAUUGGUUACAGUAGCGACAUUAUGUUACUGCUGGAAAACGUUGGUCGGUACUGUGGGGCUAUUAUGGACGGUGCACCCCGAGAUAUCGCCUUAGAGGCUUUUCUCGAACAGGGUCUAUUGCAACUCGAUUCUGCAUCUUCGGACGUACAUUCGCAUUUAGUUAAUAAUUCCUUCCGCGGCCAUGGCCUCAUAAUGCUGUAUCGGUCUAUCCAACAUUGUCCAUCGUCGAUCCUUCUUGAAUUGCCGCCUCAAUAUCCCGAUGAUCUACGCACAGACAGCCGCUACCAUAGUCUGCUGUCUUUGCCUCUUUUGACUGCUGGCGCUGAGCUGGACUUGGAUUCUUCUUGUGAGAGGCAGCAGGUGAGGGAGCGAUUUCAAAACCUGUUCUCCUCGACAAGAUUACCAGCGAAUAUUCGUGCGAUAAAGAUUCUGGAAGAGAUAUGGGAAAUGCAUGAUAAUGGGAAUGAUGUGUUUUGGCUUUCAUAUCUGUUAGGAACGUCGCGAGUUCUUAUCCUCUGCUGA